AUGCCCAACAAGGUCCUGGGAGUCUCUCCUGGUGCCACCCAACAACAAAUUCGAAAUGCAUACAAAAGAGAAUCACUCAAGUCUCACCCCGACCGAGUCCCUGCCGAUUCACCAGAGCGCCCUGCCCGCACGCGCAGAUUCCAAGAGAUAAAUGAUGCCUAUUACACUCUCUCUGACCAGACUCGUCGACGGGAAUACGACGCCCUACGGGCAGCCCAAGGAUAUGGAGAGCCAGAAGAGGAAGUGCCCCAAGGUGGAGCUGGUGGAUUCCCAUGGUCAGCCUUUGGUUUUGGCAAAUCAACUACAGAUCACGAACAACGAGCUUCUGAGCAGUUCGGGUCUGUCUUCGAAGAGAUGUUGCGGGAAGAAGGCCUUGCCGAGGAUACGGAUACCGAUGGGCAACGGCGUACGAGACCCACUUCACACUUCUGGUCGGUCGUGGGAGGCCUAAGCGGUGGUGCUCUCGGAUUCAUUGUCGCCAACGCUCCAGGUGCGCUCGCAGGUGCUGUUGCAGGCAACCGCCUGGGUGCUGUGCGAGACGCCAAGGGCAAGAGUGUCUACGAAGUUUUCCUCGAGCUCCCGCAGACUGAUAGGGCUCGGCUUCUAAGCGAGCUAGCGGCCAAGGUCUUUCAGUCUACUAUGGGUCGUUAA